GCGGCCUGGUCCAAUAAGGUUCUCGGAUGGAGGGAAGCUGGAGGCCGGCUCCUGGAUGUUAUUGAGGGAGGAGAAUGCGGCGAGCCGCCGGGAGCGGGCCGCUGCUCCGGGCCUGAGAGCACGGCCGCUCGGCACUUGGGCCCGUCGACAUAGAAAUAGCCACCUCAGGCCACACAGGUAACUGAAAGUGAGGAUUAAAAAGAUGCUGGACUCUGACCGAGGGGUUGUGGAGGACUGGCUCUCCCAAUUCAAGACUGUCCCUGAAACUCAGAUAUCCACUUAUGCAGCAACCCUCCACCAGAACAAUACAAUAGUGCCAGCUCUGUACAAGGUCAUCCAGGACCCCAACAAUGAGUUAUUGGAACCUGUCUGUCAUCAGCUAUUUGAGUUGUAUCGGAGCUCUGAGGUGAAACUAAAGAGGUUUACACUCCAGUUUUUGCCUGAACUGAUCUGGGGAUAUUUGCGCAUCACAUCAAGCAGAGAGAGACAUUGCAAUGGCUGCAUUGAAGCUUUGCUACUUGGUAUCUACAAUCUGGAGAUAGUGGAUAGAGAUGGAAACAAUAAAGUCCUGUCCUUUACAAUCCCGUCACUGUCCAAGCCAUCAGUAUAUCAUGAGCCUUCAAGCAUAGGCUCCAUGGCCCUGACUGAAGGAGCACUUAGUCAGCAUGACCUAAUCCGAGUGGUGUAUAGUGACCUUCACCCACAGAGGGAGAACUUUACUGCACAGAACAGGUUUGAAGUGCUAAGUUUCCUUAUGUUGUGCUAUAAUUCUGCAGUGGUCUGCAUGCCUAAAUCUUCCUACCGCUCCCUCUGCAGUGUGUGCUCAAGGUUAUGCAUUUGUGGGUUUCCACGACAACGGCAGAAGAUGUGGAAUGAGACUUGUGGUCGGGUAAUGCUGGACCCAGAGUUCAUGGUGCAGAUGUUGACAGCUGUUUAUCAUACCAUAUACAACGGAGAAUGGGAGAUGGGCCAGGAAGCACUGGAGGACCUCUUGUACAGGGCGCAGUUAGAACUGUACUCUCAACCGCUGUUGGUAGCUAAUGCAAUGAAGAGCUCAUUGCCUUUUGACGCUCCUGACAUUUCUAAAGUGGGUCGGAAGUGCCUGCAGGUAGAGGUUACACCAACAGUACCCAGGAUAUCCCGCACUGCCAUCACCACUGCGUCCAUACGAAGGCAUCGCUGGAAGAGAGAAAAUCUGAAUGCUGCAAGCGGAGGAGAGGAGCCCAUACACGUCACCGACGCGGAUGAGGGAUUCUCAUCGGGGGCAUCUAGUAGCAGCCAGCCAAGUGGGUCCAAGAGUAGCAGUCUGAAGAAAGGCCCCAGCAGCUUAUUAAACCGGGAUAGAGAUCAGGCAGAAGGGAGUCGCAAGCUCCUGGCAGCCCGCUCUGCCACUGACACUGUGGAGCUGACUCCUGUGAAGAAACACCUGCUGACUACGAGUGGUCCGCCGGUAUCGAAGGCAGGAGCUGUUGGCUUGGUGCGGACGGCCAGCACCUCCUCCACCAGAUCCUUCGACCGGGUUAAUGGGAGCCAGGCCUUGGAUGGGAGCUCCAAUCUGGCCAUCAGCAACACCAACAGGUUUUCGACCAUCAGCCUCCAGGAAGAGAAGCUGGGCCGAGACAGCGAGGUUAAGGAGCUGCUUUCCCCAGGAGCUCCACUAACCAAGCAGUCUCGAUCGCCCAGCUUUAACAUGCAGCUCAUUUCCCAGGUAUAGGCAACCACAGUCUCUCCCGUCCUUAUCUGAUCAGUACUGCCUGGAAAUUUUAUUUUAACUUCAUUCUCAGUGGGAGCUGCCCCCUCCUUCCCCCAACUCACUGACCUUUCCUGAUUUCUGAUCUAUUCCACGUGAUGAUUAUUGUGCAGAAUAAACAAACUAUUUUGUAUUGGAAGAGCAAUAAAAGGAGUCUGUAGGAAGUGGGCUGUUGUGUGCUGUGUGGCUCACACACAGUCUGCUCCCUACCUCGUCUUCGGGUGAUGUGCAAUCCAUUGGUACCAGUCCAGACUGAGUACUGGAACUUCAGACCUUCCACGGCAGGUGAUCCUCCGAUGUGCCCAGCUCUCUUUCUUUUUGCAGUCUGACACUGACUGUCUCUCUCAUAGACUGGUCCAUUUUUUCAGAGUGCACUUUGCUGCCUUCAAAAAGGCCCAAACAUUCUUUUGCUUUCUCUUAAAGGAAAAAUGAACUUUGUAUUGCCACAGGCAGGGACCAUUGCCGGAGGAGUAGUUUUAUCUUGGAGCAGCCCAGUGAAUGCAUAUGGCUACAAAGCAUUCUGACUGCAGUUUACUGGGCUGACACCUAACCCACACCACUAAGCUUAGGCUUUAGGAAAAAAAUCUUAAGAUUUGUAAAGCUGUUUCCUUGCGAUGUGUUCGAAUUAAUAUUGAAUUCGAAUGCUUAACUGUGUACAGUUAAAGGACGUUACCACUGAAACCGUAAAGGGUGGCAGUUUCUCAUUGUAGUCGUUCCUUUGCCCCUUUCAUAUGUCUCCUGAUGAGCUGAUAGUUGUAGAGCUGAAACUACACUAUUGUUCAUACUUUUUUUUUAAGCAUCUGUGCACCGGGGUGGAAUUUGGAGCAUUAAGCAAAGACCAUGGGGCCUAUUUAACAUUUCUAAAACAGCAUUGGAAAUGUUGCCUUUUAUUCCGAUUCUCCCUCAAUGCUGAUAUUCGUUACACUGGGGCUCAGGUGACCAGAAUGACCAGUCCCUUGGGCAUGUCUUCCCAGAAUCAUUAAUCGCUGGAUCAUAAUCAUUCUCCAGUAGCCAUUCAUUGUAUGAUGAGUUCACUUGGUGUGCAACAAGGGAACCUUGGCACUAACCUUUUGGACUCACUUCCUGCACUGGUUACUGAUACCUACUCUUAACUUUGCAAGGUUGUGUGCACCCGUACUUGCACACUUAGCAACGCCUCUCUGUUUCUACCUGUACAUCUUUAUGUCAUGUACAAUGGAUGUUUACUGAUGAGGAGUUUCUUGUGUGCACAGACAUCUGCACUAAUGCCAAAGAGUUCUGGAGUGAUGUUGAAGAAGCUAGCUCUGUUCAACACAAGCCAGGCUUGAGUUCAUGGCAAUGACUUGAGUCAUCUUUGUGGGUUUGGAGCUGACUUUUAUUUAAAAAGAUGGUUAGUCUUUUUUUUUUGUGUGGCAGUCUUGAUGCUUUCAGUUACUUGAUUAGAUCUUGAAAACACCCAUUAUAAAUAUCACUCCUCCAUCUUGGACUUAUUUUGGGAAAAGCCACAGUACAUGAAAACGUUUUCUCUUUAAUUCAGCUCUGGAGCACACAAGAAUAGGGUUUCCUGGGAUCAGAAUACUUUCAGACUGGAGUUUGUUUUUUUUUGGAUGCAUCUAGUUUUUUUUUCUAAACAAGAAAUCCUAGAAGGGUACACAAAGCUUUGCCUCCGGAUUCUGCACUCUAUCCUCCUCGUAAAGGAAUGUUUGGGAUCUUUGGAAUGUUAAACCUCACUGCCACUCCCAAUGAAUACACUGCCAGGCCAAGGAGAGUUCUCCCUGAGCAUGCGGGAUACUUCCAGUUUGGAGACCAGUGUCUGGGCAGGUGUGGUGGAAUCUCUGCCUAAAGAGGAUUUGAUUAGGCUGUGGCCUAGCCAUUAUACUAUUGGAUCAAUUCUGGUAUGUUGUUCAGCUAUAACUGAUAUCGAGGUAUAGAUUAAAAUGAUAUUUGUUUUGCACAUUUUGAUUUUACAUUCCGCCAUGCGUGGGUGCAUGAUGGCCUGGGAUUAAGCCACCUUUUUAUGUUCCAAUUUCCUUUCGCAAGUGACCAAGUUAAUUAGGCAAGAGAUCUUUAAGGCUCAGUUGGUCUUGAUGUAGUUACAGGAGUUUCUACAGUACAUGUUUGAUUGAGCAACACAGGUGUUAAAUUUGUUUAAUCUUUAUGGAAAUGGGACAGUGAUCCUUUUAUAAUACCUAGCGAUCUUGCCAUCUAUGGAGCUAAUGGACCUGCAGGAAGCAACCCAUUAUCUGCAAAUUUAAACUGCUGUGUUUGUUUGGUCUUCUGUCUUGGUGCUUGUGAACAGAUAUAAAUAAAAGUAUUUAUUUUGCCCAAAGAAUGUUCAGCUGAAGUGAGAGCAAGUCCAGUGACUGGCUCAGCUGGAGGUUCCAAGUAGGAGAAGGAAACUUUCUCAUCCCUCCAGCUGUUCUGGUGAGUGUUUAGAUCCAUAUCUACUGAAAAGUGAGUAUGUUCAGACUAGAAUGUUCCUGAGAGAUUCUCAGUAGUCAGGGAGCUGCACUUGGGUUGGGUUAAAGGAGCAAAAGUAGAAUCUAGUGGAAAUUCGAGUCUCGCUGAUUGGAUUGGUGCAUGUAAAUCUGUCAUUCUUUGAACAAAAAUCUUUUUUUAAAUUAAAAAAGAACUAUACUGUUUAAGUAAGAUGUGAAUGUGAUAUUGUAAAUACCUGUCAGAUUAAAGAUUUUAAAUGUGUAAAUACAGAUGUAUAAACAUUCAGAUCAGUCUGCAAUGCAGAGAAAUUAUCUAUCUGUAAUCUCAUUUCCUGGAAUAAAUACUGUGCUGUUU